AUGGCAGAGUGGGAGAGUGCAAGACUUGAAGCAGAAGCAAGACUUGUUCGUAGAUCCAAAGAUCACUCUAAAUUCCUCUUCAAUAAUACUCGCAACAACAACAACAACAACAAUAACUACGUCGUUUCGCAACCUUAUUAUCAACUUCCUUGUCUUGACAUAUUAAAAGCAUGGCAAAGAGCAAGCACAAAAUUACCAACAACAAAUGACAUUAGUUCUAUUCUUCUUGAUGGUUUUGCUAACAAAAACCUCGAAUCAUCGAUACCAUCAACGUUAAAUUCCUCGGGGAAUUUGUUCAUGAACAAUGUACCAAGUAUUACAAAAGUUGAUGACCAAAAUCUUCCUUUGUGUACAAUCACUUGUUUGGAAAAUCCUUGCCCAACAAAAGAUGUCCAAACAGACCUUCCAAGUUUUAUGCAAGAGUUCUCAGAGCUAUUUGAUCCUGAAUAUACACAAAAUUCAACAAAUAAUUUUAAUGGAAUACAAGUGGAUAAUUUUAUGGGAAGCUGCUCAGGGGAUUUUGAAGAUAACAAGUUUAAUUGGAACAACUUUCCUUAUUUGGUCACUUCACCAAUUGGUUCUCCAGUAUUCUGA